AUGUCAAGCAAGACCAGAAGAAAAUCAGAAACUCAAUAUAAAAAUAAGCUUAAAAGAAGAAAAACCGAAAUAACCUUAACAAAUGUAGUGAAUACCCCAAGAGUGUCGAUUUCAUCUGAAGCUUGUUUAAAGACUCCUUCAACUCCUAACCUCUAUAAAAUAACUGGGCCAAAUGGAAUAAAUUCCUCCCAAAGCCAAAACACGCUUCCAAAAGUUCGAUUUCAGCGGGAACUUUCAACAGAAAAAUCGAAAUAUCCAGCUUUUCAGCGAUAUCUGGAGCAUAAAUAUGGGAAAAAGGUUAAAAAUUUAAGUCCCCCAGAAAAGCCGCUUCCAAUUAAGCGCCCAAGAAGUGUAAAGCUUUUGAAGAACAAUUUAUAUGAUUUAUUAGAAUUAACUCCAAGCUGCACAGAAAGCGAUAUAAGGCAAAGUUAUAAAAGACUAGCUAUAAAGUGUCAUCCUGAUAAAGGUGGUGAUCCCAAGCAUUUUAGAUGCUUGAAGCAAGCUUAUGAUAUAUUAGGGAAUGUAGAUUUGAAAGAAAUUUAUGAUAAUGAAGGAUUAGAUGGAGUUAAUGCUCUGCAAGAAGUUGAAAUGGAUGAAUUAUUAGAGUGCUUAAAAAGUUCAUAA